UAUAUAUGAAAACCAAUAAUAAGAGCAAGAGAUCAGAAGAUAUUCACAUCAAUCAUAUCUUGUCCCAUAUCUCUUCCAAACUGUCAAGAUCCCAAACAAGCUUCUAUAAGCCAUUCACUCGUAUAAGUAUAAAAACACUAUAAAUCCCUCCAAGGGUCGUCACCAACAAGCAGUGUAUGUGCACCUUCCUACUUAGUCUUAUUCAAUUUUUCAUAAACAACUUAAUUCUUUGUUGCUUUCUCAAAGUUUCUUUAGUGGCUAUGGCUGUCGAUACUCAAUUCCAUGUUCUCGCCGUCGACGAUAGCCUCAUUGACAGAAAGCUCAUUGAGAGGCUCCUUACAACAUCGUCUUUCCAAGUGACCGCUGUAGAUUCAGGCACAAAAGCUUUGGAGUUAUUGGGUUUGCAAGCAAAUGAAAGUAGUGAUUAUCAUCCCCAUGAUGACAAUCAUCAUGACUCGGAGGUCAAUAUGAUUAUAACCGAUUAUUGUAUGCCUGGAAUGACUGGAUAUGAUCUCCUUAGGAAGAUCAAGGAAUCUGAGAAUCUUAAAGAUAUACCAGUGGUUAUCAUGUCCUCAGAAAAUAUUCCAGCUAGAAUAAAUAGAUGCCUAGAAGAAGGAGCAGAUGAAUUUUUGCUAAAGCCAGUUAGGUUAUCAGAUGUUGAUAAGCUUAAACCACAUUUGAUGAGGAGCAGAUACAAGGGUCAAAAGAAUACAGAAAAUCAUCAAGAUAUCAAACAAUGAUAUUGAUGAAUUAAGUUUUAUAGUAAUAGAAUAACAAGAUGAUUAUGUUCACCUUAAGAAAGAUCUACAUUAUUUUAUUUCUUUUUUCAGUUAAUGUAUUUUAUCUUCUGUCUUUUAGUUAAAGCUAAUUAGUUGAUUAAUAUACAGGAUUACUUAACUUUAGUAGUUACUAGAGUACUACAAUGUAUCGGAUCAACU